AUGGCUACUACGUCUCAAGCUACUUCUUCGACCACCGAAACGACCACCAUCCAACCCAUUGGCCCGCCCGAAACCACGAAUCUCGUGUUGAGGCUAGCCGACCGCGAGCCCGACACUGACGCAAUACCCCAUGUGCGUUGGACCGCCGACACGGUGAACAAUGAGGGAAUGGGCAAGAAGAAAAGCAAAUGUUGUUGCAUCUACAAAAAAGUGAAACGCUGGGACGAGAGCGACACGGAGAGCGAAAAUGAAACUGAACACUGUCGUGGUCACGUUGAGAAGAAGCCGCCGGGCUCAGGCCACGGAUGUGGGGAUGAUUCCUGCUCUUGC